AUGGCAGCCAACACCGAAGCAGUAAAGCGCGCCAUCGCAUCCCUCUUUACCAGCAAACCCAUGACACCCAUCCAAGCAAUGGCAGACGUCGACGCCACCAGCAAACCAUCAGCAAACCGCCUCUUCGAGUCGGGUUCCCCGGUUGUAAAGCUUCCUACAAACGCAACAUACAACACGGCACCACUACCACAACCUCACAAGCGCCGUUCGAUUCUUCCUACAGGUGAAGCGCCACAGACCCGCGAGGAACUGCAGUUCUUCAAGCACCCCUGCGGCUACUUCGUCACGAUCCAGCGCACUAAACUACACAACAAGCUUUGCCGGAAUGAUGGCAAGGCGGAGCACAGUGUGCUGAAGAAGGGACCCGCACAUCUGCUGAAAGUACCCACGCCGGCGCAGAAAGUUGUGGCAAAGACAGAGGUCGAGGCGGAACAGACGGUAGAGCAAUACGGCGAUGUACGCCGACAAGUCGAGCGGCAACUGGCAGAGGAGAUGAUAGGUGGCGACGAGGACACGACCGAUGGAUCGCUGGACUUCUUGGAUGACUACGAGUCCGACGGCACUGCGAGUGACGAGGAGGAAGAUGGUGAGGUGGUGGCGUUCAGCAAGUAUGUUGUGCUGCGCAGGAGGGAUGAUGAAGAUACGGUUCUUGGGGAGGAUGGCGAUUUCAGCAUGUAUCCGGACUCGAGUGAUGAAGAUUGA